CCCUGCAUACCCUGGUCAGCCAUUCAGAUUGCAAUUGCAAAACUCACCUCAAGCCUGCCUUAAAGAGCCCCACCAGCUGGGCAGUCCCUGCAUCUCCACACACUGACCCAUCCUGGGCCCUGUUCCCCACAGAAUGGGCCUGCUCCUACCCCUGGUGCUCUGCACCCUGGCCCUGUGCUGUGGGGCUGUGUCUCUGCCCCAGCAGGCCCUGGGCCCCUCGCCUCUGCUCUCCCGGGGCUGCAAUGAAGCAGAUGUGCUGGCAGUCGCGGGCUUUGCCCUGCAGGACAUCAACAGAGACAGAAAGGAUGGCUACGUGCUGAGCCUCAACCGAGUGAAUGAUGCCCGGGAACACAGACAGGAUGGCCUGGGAUCUCUGUUCUAUCUCACGCUGGAUGUGUUAGAGACCAACUGCCAUGUGCUCAGCAAGAAGGCAUGGAAGGACUGUAGGGUGAGGAGCUUGCAUGAAUCGGUUUACGGUCAAUGCAAAGUGAUCUUUUAUAUUAACAAGCCACAUCGAGUUCUCUAUUCACCUGCUUAUAACUGUACUCUUAGCCCAGUUUCUCGAAGAAAGAUUCAAAGGAUAUGCCCGGACUGCCCAGGCCCCACACACGCUGAUUCUUCAGAUCCCCGGGUCUUGGAAGCUGCUACUGAGUCUCUUGCAAAAUACAACAAUGAGAGCACCUCGAAACAGUAUUCUCUCGUCAAAGUCACAAGGGCUUCUAGCCAGUGGGUGUCUGGCCCUGCUUACUUUGUGGAAUACUUAGUCAAAGAGUCACCGUGUACCACAGCCGAAGCUGGCAGCUGCUCACUUCAGUCCUCUGACUCUGAGCCCAUUGGUCUUUGCACAGGUUCUUUGGCUCAAUCAGACCGAACAUUUGUCUCUGUGAAUUGUGACUUCUUUGAAACACAGGCUCCAGCCCCCGGACAUGAAAACUCUGCUAUUAAAAAAGAACCUGUGAACCUCCCCAAGGUUCAGGAACCCCAGGGGAAAAACACGUCUCUCGCUGCCUCCCCCUACAAAGCUGGGCCAAAAGGAUCUGUCCAAUACCUUCCCGACUUGGAUGAUAAAAACCCCAACAAUUCCCAGGAAAAGAACCCUCAUGAGGCCUUUCCUGUGCAGCUGGAUCUAACCACAAACCCCGGGGGAGAAACCCUGGAUGUCUCCUUCCUCUUCCUGGGGCCCGAGAAGCAGACGCUGGUUGUCCUGCCUUUCCCCGGACAGGAACAACGCUCUGCCGAGUGCCCGGGAGCAGCCCAGGAGGCCAGCCCUCUUGUCCUCCCACCGUGAGAGCCACACAGGGUUCCAUGGGAGUGUGGUGCUCCGCAUGAGAUGACAGGUGGUGGGGACAGAGACAGUGAGUCCAAAUGUAGAGAGUGGCUAAUGAGGGACAUCUUUUUCACUCUUCUUCCCGGCAUGUUGGCUGAGAAUGGAAAUAAAGAGCCUCAACCCUC